GCCAAUCUCUUUUUUUGCUUCUUCAAGCAGAUCACACCUUCUCUUGUGUCAACUUCUUCUUCCCCACAUCUCCUAAAAGCUUCACACACUGGACUAAACCAAGCCUUUCCUUUUUUUUCUUUUUCUUAUCUACUCAAAAAUUACGUUUUUUUCUUCUUCUUGUAACUCUCUCAAUUCUCUCUUCCUUUUGAUCCGAUCAUGGUGAAGGAAACAGUGUACUAUGAUGUUCUUGGUAUCACUCCCUCUGCUUCCGAGGAAGAGAUUCGCAAGGCUUACUACAUCAAGGCAAGACAAGUUCAUCCAGAUAAGAAUCCAGGUGAUCCUUUGGCUGCUGAAAAAUUCCAGGUUCUAGGUGAAGCUUACCAGGUCCUGAGUGAUCCUGUUCAUCGUGAAGCGUAUGAUCGAACUGGAAAAUUCUCAGCUCCCAAAGAAACUAUGGUUGAUCCAACGGCUGUUUUCGCUCUUCUCUUUGGAAGUGAACUAUUUGAGGACUAUAUUGGUCACUUGGCUGUUGCAUCAAUGGCUUCCACUCAAAUGGCUUCUGAAAUCGAAAAUCCUGAUCAGAUUCAUGAAAAACUAAAGGCUGUUCAGAGAGAAAGAGAAGAAAACCUUGCGAGGUUUCUGAAAGAUUUUCUAAACCAAUACGUCCAUGGAGACAAAGAAGGUUUCAGGCAUCGCGCUGAAUCUGAAGCCAAGAGACUCUCAGAUGCAGCUUUUGGAGCGGAUAUGUUACAUACAAUUGGAUAUGUAUACACAAGACAAGCAGCUCAAGAACUUGGGAAGAGAGUUCUUUACUUAGGAGUUCCUUUUGUAGCUGAAUGGGUUAGGAACAAAGGGCAUUCUUGGAAAUCACAGAUCAGUGCAGCCAAAGGAGCUUUUCAGUUACUUCAGCUGCAAGAAGAGAGCAACCGGAGAUUAAAGAGAGACGGGACUGGUCCAGCGAAUGACUUGGAGUCUCAUAUUCAGACAAACAAAGAAACACUUAUGGGAUCUCUGUGGAAACUCAAUGUAGUUGACAUUGAGGUAACUCUGUUACAUGUGUGUCAGAUGGUAUUGCGCGAGAACAAUCUGAGAAAGGAGGAGCUUAAGUCUCGAGCAGUGGCUCUCAAGAUUCUUGGGAAGAUUUUCCAGCAAGAAAAGCAAUCGAGGAACGGUGCAACAUCAAGAAGAGAUGAUGAAGACAGCAGCGACGACGAUGACAGUAGCAGCGAUGACGAUUCUUCACAACCACUUUCAUACAGAACUCCUCUGCUCACUCAGGGGAUUGGUAGACUCUUUAGAUGUCUCUGCAAUCCGGCAUUUGAUGUAGACGAUGAUGAAAUCGUAUACAAAGGCAAAUGAUCCCUACACCACAUUCACAUUGCAAUUGAUGGUCUGACAUGUGAAUGUGUGAUGCAGCCACUAAGUUAUUUAUUCUUUAUAAACAAUAUAUAUUUGUAAUGAUGAUGACCGAUGGCUCAAACUUAACAAUUUGUUAAAAUAAGUACCAAAAAGAAACAAAAAUCCACUGUUUGUAAUCAUUACAAGAUUGCUAUAAUGUUUUGUUGUAAGUUUACCAUAAAAAGU